AUGAAUACAAUAUCUCCCGUGGUGAUAGAACCAAGACAUGGUGGUGAACAUCAUAGUGUUAAUGUCAAAUAUGGGAUCAUCAUUUUUGCAAUUUCAGUAAUUCAUAUCUUGUUUUUCUUACUUGUGAAAUUCAUUGAAAUCAAUCGAUGGAAAUCUAAUGGUAGAUUUAAUAAAUCAUUAUGGAAAUUGAAUAAUACACCUACUUGGAUGUUAAUCACUUUAUGGAUAUUGAUUAUCUUCUUCAUUGGUGGGGCAAAUAUAACGGAAUUUCUGGAAGAAUAUAUUACUAUUGCCAAAAGAUAUGGUAGAAUUGCUUAUUGUUUAUUACCUUUAAAUAUUUAUUUAAUUUUACGUCCUACAAAUUGUGUUUAUUUGAAACCUGGCUAUUAUUUGGAAAAUCUAAGUUUACAUAAAUGGUUGUCUAGAUUAAUUUCAAUUUGUACUUUAAUUCAUGCAAUUGGUUAUUUUUAUAAAUGGAAUAAAGAAGGUAAGAUAUUGAUUAAAUCAUUUAGAUUUUUGAAUUUUUUAGGGAUUGUUGUGUUUGUCAUGUUUGCCGUUUUAAUUAUUGUUUCAAUUAGAAUAUUAAGAAGAAAAUAUUAUUCCUUGUUUUAUAUUAUACAUAAUAUCACUGCUUGGUCAAUGGUUGUAUUGAUUAUUUUCCACGCUAGACCAGGUGUAACCAUUUUUGGCAUCAUAUGUUUAAUCUUGAUGUGUUAUCAAUUGUUAUAUUUAAGAUUUUAUAAAUCUUAUCCAGUUAAUAAUUUAAAAAUAGUUGAUAUUCCGAUGUCAACAUUACAAAUUAUUAAAAUUCCAAAACCUUCAAAUUUCCCAACUUGGUUGCCUGGAUCACAUGUGAGAUUAAAUUAUACCACUUCAAAUAUUAAAUCAUGGAUUAACUCUUCUCAUCCUUUUACAAUUGCUAAUAUUCCUGAAGACGGAGUUAAUUAUUUAUCUUUAGUAAUUAAAAAACCUGGAAAUUUCAUUAUAGAUCAAUAUUUAACUUACUUAUUAACUGGUCCUUAUAUUUCAAUUGAUUAUCCGUUUUAUAAUUCUGCAAAUUUAAUCAAUAUAAUUUGUGGAGGUUCAGGAAUAUCGUUUGGCUUACCAAUUUUAAAUCAUUACAAGAGUUUAAAUCUGAAUAUUCCUAUAAAAUUAAUUUGGUGUGUUCGUAAUAGAAAUGAUUGUUUUAUUAUGAAUCAAUUAGACAUGACCAAUGUUGAAGUAUUUAUAACUUCCGCUGGUGAUUCAUCUUCAGAUGAACAGUCACCAUCUUCGUCAUCAUAUCAACCUGUUCCUUUAUUUGUUGUUGAUGAUGAACAGGACGAAAGCCAUGCAAAAGUUGAACAAACUCAAGGUGAAGAAGAAGUUGAUGGAUUAUUAAAUCAAGAUGAAAAUGGUAUACCAUUACAAUCAAUGAAAAAAGAAUCAUUCCCAAAAAAAGAAGAAGGGGAAGAUGAAGAAAAAUCAUCAAAAGAUGUCUUUAAAUAUGGUAGACCUAAGUUUGAUGAAGUUUUCGCCAUUGAUGAUCCUACAUUGAAUCCAAAUUAUAAUGAUUCUUGGGUGAUUGCAUGUGGACCAGAUCAAUUGAUUGAAGAUGCUAAAUAUUGGUCACAAGAAAAAGGUUAUCGUUUCUUCAGUGAAAAGUAUGAGAUGUAG